AUGAGUAAUUUGAUACAACCUGUCCCUUCAAUAACUACUCCUGCUUCAGCUGCUAGACGACCACUUCAUAUUAGUCAUAGUCCUUCAUUCGUUAACAAUACUACUCCUGCUCCAUCACAAGGUUCUAGAUUGUCAACUCCAAGCAUAAUGAAUCCUCCAAUAGAUAUGAAGUCAAAUAAUUUGCUAAAUCCUACUACCACCACCACAACAACAACAACCACAACGUCAACACCAACAGGAACAAACAACACAUCUAAUGAUUCAAAGGGAAAUAAUACAAACUCCACUGGAAAAACACAGGUGGUGUUUAUUCAUAAAUUAUACGAUAUGUUACAUGACGAUUCUAUAUCUCACCUAAUAUGGUGGUCUCCAUCUUUAGAUUCGUUUUAUGUUACCCCAGGUGAAGAAUUUUCUCGAGCAUUGGCCCAAUAUUUUAAACAUACCAAUAUAGCGUCAUUCAUUCGACAGCUUAACAUGUAUGGUUUCCACAAGGUUAAUGAGACAUUUUUAAACCAAGAAGACCAACAACAACAGCAACAACAACAAUCAAAUAGAUGGGAAUUUAGACACUCCACUAAUCAAUUUAGAAAAGGUGAUACUGAAUCAUUAAAACAUAUAAAGAGAAGAAGUUCAAAGACAUUGAAUUCCCAAAAGGAAAUUGUUAACAUAAAGUCAUUACCACCAACUUCACAACCUACUGAUUACGCAUAUUCAUAUCAAAGUGAAGAAGCAAAUCAUUAUUUUGCUCAUCAUCACAGUAUAACUUCAAUACAUUCUCCUGCUGAUAAUAGACCACGUUCUCCAUCCACACCAAUUCCACAACAACAAUAUCAACCACAACAACCACAACUACUUCCGCCUCAACAACAACAACAAUAUAAUGGGCAACCACAAGUGUCUAUGCAACAAUCACCACAGGAAUACAUUGCUAGACCAUCUAUUCCAGCUCAUCCUUCUUAUGAAAAUGCUACAAACUUCAAACUACUUGAAUUGACUAAUCAAAUUAACUUGUUGAGAAAUGAUUUUUUCCAUAUGAAUACUAGAUAUGAAACAUUACAGAAUGAAUUAAAGUGUCAGAUUGCUGAUUCGAUAUCUGUUUUGGACAUAGUGGAAGGAUUAUCAAAGAAUGACAAUAGAAUGAUUUCAGAUGUACGAAAUUUGAAGAAUUUGAUCAAUCAAAGAAUUCAAAGAAUAAAUAUGAUUCCAAUACAUCAAGCUCCACCACCACCACCACCACCAGUACAACAACAACAACCUCUGCAACCUCUUCAGUUGCAAGUUCCACAACCUGGUCCUCCACCUCCAGUUCCUCAACAACAACAACAACAACAGCAACAUGCAUCUAUUUCAUCAAGUUAUCAUCUUGACUCAGCCUCUAGUUCUAGAAACCCUUCUACUGUUAGUGCUGCUCCUCAAUCAUAUCCAUUGAACCCACAUUACUCAAUCUAUAGUAAUAAUUCGGAUUCUAACAAUGGUUUUUUCAGAAAACGUGAAGAUAGUAACAAUUCAAAGAGAAAUUUAUCGGUAUAUGAUCCAUUACAACCUGUUCCUUCAAGACAUAAUUCUAGAAUAUUAAUUGAAGAGCAAUCGUCAAAUUCUGUUGGGCAACAGCAACUUCAGCACCCAGCAUUUAGAAGUCGUGCUGAAUCUACAUAUUCUCCUUUAAGUAAUGUCGGAAAAUCAAAUAAUCAACAACAACCAGCCAAACCACCAACUCCAAUAAACCCUCCACGUAUCAAAACCCCAGUGAGUGAAGUUAAAAAACAACAACAACAGCAACAACAACAGGUGCAAGCACCUCCUCCUCCACCACCACCUCCAUCGACUAAACAACCUGUUGUUCCCCCAGUGGUUCAACAAAAGCCUAGUCAAGUCCAAACUUCCAGAACAAAUUCUUUACCUAAUCCAAUAACUGAUCAUUUAGCUCCACAAUCACCUUAUUUCAUACAAAGAAAUUCAUUUACUUCUAUAUAUGAACAUCAAAAAUCUUUGAGAAUACCAAGUCCAAGAUUCAACACUACAACUCCUCCUAGAAGUGUUCCAGAAAAUAAAGAAUCCUCAUCAUCAAUGGCUAAAGAAACUAAAGAAACAGUUGUUUCUACAUCUGCAUUGCCAAGUGUUAGUGAAUUGGAUAAAUCAAUUAGAAGUCUGGUCAGUUUACCUCCAAUCAUUCAACAUAAGGAUGAACGUGAAGGUAAUUCAAAUUAUAAUAAUGAUGAUAACGAUACAAACAAAAGAAGAAAAUUGGAAUAA